GUGAUGGAUCAUAUAUUGCCUAGCAGCGUCCAGCUGCCAUCCUCCUUCACACAACAAACAAACAUACAUACUCCGCCUAUCCACGGUCAGACCAGAUUCUACCUUGUAUAUUCUCCAAAAUGAAAACCAACCUCCGCGACUUUGCCGCCCAACCCCCAGCUGAUCCCUCUUCCACCCCACCAGAGCCCCUCACACUCGACGCCCUGAUAAUCGGCGCAGGCUUCAGCGGAAUCAACGCCCUGCACACACUCCGCAAACAAGGCCUAACCGCAAAAAUCUUCGAGGCGGGCCCCGGCCUCGGUGGAAUCUGGCGAUUCAACGUAUACCCCGGUGCACGAGUCGAUUCCGAGGCGCUAGAAUACCAGUUCUCGUUUCCCGAGGCGUGGAAGGAGUGGACGUGGAGUACGAAUUACCCGGCGCAUUCGGAGAUCAAGCAGUAUUUUGAGCAUGUUGCGGAGGUUCUGGAUUUGAAGGGGGAUUGUGUCUUUGGAGCGGUCGUUGUGGAUGCGAGGUUUGAUCAGGGGGUGGGCAGGUGGAAUGUCACAACGCAGGAUGGGCAGGUUGCGAGUGCAAAGUAUCUGAUUGCGGGGACGGGGUUCGGGUCCAAGAGGUUUGUUCCGGCUUGGCCGGGGUUGGAUUCAUACAAGGGGAUUAUGCAUCACUCGUCAUUUUGGCCGGAGGAGGGCGUUGAUGUCGCUGGGAAGCGGGUUGCAAUUAUCGGGACCGGAGCUUCUGGUGUGCAACUCACGCAGGCUUUAGGGCCUCUCGCUGGAUCGUUGACCGUGUUUCAGCGGACGCCGAAUCUCGCGAUUCCGAUGAAACAGCGAUCUCUCACAAAAGAAGAACAGGAUCAGGCCAAGACGCUCUAUCCCGAGAUAUUUCAGCUCAGAGAGAAAUGCUUCGGCGGGUUCCUGUAUACCUUCUCCGAGAAGUCACUCCAAGAUGAUACACCCGAGCAAGUCGAGCAGUUCUUCGAGUCCCUCUGGCAAGCCGGCGGAUUCCGCUUCUGGCUCGGCACGUACAAGGAUGCCUUCGUCGAUCCGCAGACGAACCGGAUCGCGUACGAUUUCUGGGCGAGAAAGGUUCGAGCCAGGGUACAAGAGGGGGCACUGCGUGACAAGCUCGCUCCACUCGAGCCGCCGCAUGCGUUUGGAAUCAAACGGCCGAGUCUCGAACUGGACUACUUUGAGCAAUUUAACAGAGAGAACGUGCAUCUCGUCGAUGUCGGCAAGAAUGCCAUUGCUCGAUUCACAGAGACAGGCCUUCAACUCGCCGACGGUACAACCCACGACUUCGACGUCAUUGCCGUUGCAACGGGUUUCGACGUGUCCACUGGCGGUCUAGUGGACAUGGGCCUACACAGCAUCAACGGUACGACUCUGAAGGACGACUGGCGUGACUCCGUCUCGACAUACCUCGGCCUCUGCGUCAGCGGGUACCCAAACAUGUUUAUGAUGUACGGCCCACAAGCGCCCACUGCCUUUUGCAACGGGCCGACGGCGGUAGAAGUGCAGGGUCGGUGGGUCGCGGACGUCAUCCAGACGAUGGAACGGCGGGGGAUCAAGAGCAUUGAUCCGACCCCUGAGGCUGCGCGCGAGUGGAAGGGGAAGAUUGAUGCAUUGUCGAAUGCGACGCUGUUACCAACUGUGCAAAGGAGUACGUAUAUGGGCGGGACAAUCCCGGGGAAGCCGUUUGAGCAGUUGAAUUGGACUGGCGGGUUGGUCAAGUAUACCGACGAGAUUCGAGGCGUCCUGCCGGGGUUGAAGGGGUUUAAUGUAGUCAAGGGUCAUGAUUGA